CACCAAGAUAGCAGACAAACGCCAGCAUGAGAAGCGCAAAUAGUAGGAAAAGGAAGAUAACAAGCGCUUCCGACAUUUGCGUUGGCGGUAAGUGAAUGGGCACGGUUUCCGCAAAGCAAUGUUCACCAGAUCUUUGCAAUCCUGCGAAUGGAACACCCCGCAGGACAUGUGAUCGGAUGACCAAUUAUCGGACAUGAACCUGACACACGUCAAACUAGCCGUCUUUUGGUCUUUUGACACGUCCAGCCUAGCUUUUCUCUCCUCGCUUUCCAAUCAACAAGGGAUUAGCAUUGCUUACUUCAAAAAAGUCAAAGCCGCUCUUCGGACAUCUCUUAACGCUUCUCUCGCUUGCCCGCGCGUUCUCCGGUCCAGCUACGAAAUUCUCCAUUCGAUCUAUACAAGCAACUCUUUACAGAUCGGAUCACUGUCGUGCUCAACAGGCAUGCUUUCCGUCUUCCUUCAGCCGGUUCUUCCCGCCAGGGAGCGCGUCUACCAACAAAUAGUCAAAAGUGCUCCUUACGGUCUCCGUCUUCUCCAGACUAGUGCUGUUCGUUCGACCGGCACUGCUCCCUCUCCGGUUACAUUGGCAAAGAGGAAGCUGAAAGCUCUUCCUAAGCCGUCGGUUACCCCUCCCAAAAAGCCAAUUCCCGCGUACUUUCUCUUUUCAAGCGCUCAAAUCCAAACACUCUCCAAAGACCCUGCCUUUGCCAACAAGGAUUAUCGCGCCAAGUUGACCGCCAUUAGCAGAGAGGUCUCUUCGAGGUGGGAACGCUUGCCGGAAUCCGAAAAGAAGCAAUAUCAUGCCCAGGCAGAAAAGGCGAAGGCUCAAUACGAGCGUGAUUACAAGAAUUAUCUUGACAAAAGAACGCCGACAGAUGUUCUUUUGGAAAAAAAGGCCUAUAGACUGAAGAAGUCCAUCAAACCAGACAGGGUGACCGCGAAGCCCGCACGGGAUGCAAAGGCUCCGAAGGCGCCCCUUACCUCGUUUGCCAGGUUCUUUAAGGAUGUGUACUCGAUGAGUCCUUCGAAGCAGGAGGAAGUGCUUGGUCGGAGCGCCGCUGGCCUACCUCCCCAUGAGGCCAGCAAAUUGGUUGCAGCUGCGUAUAAACGUUUGCCUGAGAGCGAGAAAAAGAAAUAUCAAACUGCGUAUGCCACCGAAGCGGAAGCAUACAAGAAGAAAAUAGCUGCCUAUAGGCAGUCCAAUGGAAUCGAUGCAGCUCGUGCUAACCUGGAAAAGGCCAUCCGAGCCAAUUCCGCAAAGAAGGUCCCAAAGAAAACGGUGGCGCUCCGUCCAGUAGUAAAGAAGACCAUUGCAAGGGCAAAGUCUGUACGUGGGAUUUUGGCCCCCAAGGGCAAGAAGGUUGCUACAAAAGCAGCUGCCACCGCGAAAUCUGUUGCAAAAAAAAUUCAAUCCAUCACGCGCAAGAUGACGGAAUGAAGGACUGAGAUGCAUAGCAGAAUAUGGGAACUGUCUAAUUCUGUGUUCCCUCUUGUGUAUAUGACCGAAGUAAAAGAAAUGUGUACACUGGUGCAAAAAUAAAGUGGAUAUCUCCAUACA